CGUCAUGCCAUCUGCCGCUUCCGGAGGCUUCUCGAACACCACAACGGCCGCAUUCUCCGACACCUUCCGAGCAAUUUCUGAUCUUGACGAAAAGGCAAGCAAGGCGGCCGACGCUUGCACGUAAUCCACAAAUGGCCUAUCGCUACAUAACCCAAGUCGUCCUCGUGGGCACGCGCGUCUUAGGGCGCGCCUUCGCGGAAGCUUACAAGCAAGCGUCCGCUUCAAGCCAGUAUGCGCGCGCACAAGCCAAGUCGGGCAAUGGCAGCGUGUCCGGGCGCGCCAGCUUCAACACCGGCAUGACGCUCGACGAAGCCUGCAAGAUCCUCAACGUGAAGCCGCCACAGAACGGCCAGGCCAACAUGGAGGAGGUGAUGGAGCGGUUCAAGCGGCUGUUCGACAACAACGACCCGAAGAAGGGUGGCUCCUUCUACCUGCAAAGCAAAAUUCUGCGCGCACGGGAACGUAUAGAAGCGGAGGUGAAGCCGACGAUAGAGAAGGCCGCACAGGAGGCCGAAGUGAAGGAGGGUUGGAAUCCCAAGCUAUAUAAGGACAGGUAACCGGGCUGGCUUGCUUGGUGCUGUGUCAGGCCGGAGACGCACCCUUACGCCUCGGCUUUGACUCUGCUGGGGUCUGGAUAGGGAAGGCGGCUGCAGCAGGACCGAACAGCCACCGUCAGACCGGUUGCCAUCUGAGUUACUGUUCUACCGGUGAACAAAGCGACAGAGACGGUCCCCGGCGGCGCGUCGACCUAAGGGGUUAGGGUGGUUCAAACCGCUGCAGAUCCCCGUGUGUACACAUCUUCACUCGACUUUGGCGAAAGCCUGGCGUUUUACGGUUGGGACUUUAUGCGGGCUUACGCGUUGGA